AUGGAUUUGGAUACUGCUUAUAUUGAACCUUUACUUGAUGAUUGGCUAGAGGGACUUCAAUCAAUCAUUAAAGAACAAGAAAAUCUUAUCAAAACUAGAGAUGAAUUUUAUAUGCCAUUUGUAGCUAUUCCAAUCCCAAUUGUUAAUGCAAUAUUUAAAAUAACAGAGCAUCUUGAUUUGGGACCAGACAUUAAAUAUAUUGCCAUUCAUUUAUAUGAUAAAUUUAUGUGUAAUUAUUUUUGGGAAGUAUAUAGAAAUGCUGACCAAACAGAAAAUUCUUGGUCUCAAGUUUGUAAAACAAUAUCAAGUCAAUCAAAACUAUAUCUUAUGUCAUGUUUGCAAUUAGCAAAUAAAAUGGAUUCACAUUGUAACAACUUAAGAAUAUCGCAAAUCCUCAGUAUCUUAAGGUGCAUAGAUAAAAAGUCUGAAUAUACACACAAUAUAAUUUUUUCAUCGGAAUAUAAGGUUUUUAGAACUGUUGGAUUCAAAAUGCCAUUUUGCACUCCGUUAAAUUGUAUAGAAAUUCUUCUAGCUGCAAUAGGACUCAAGGAUACCCCAAAUAUGCAAGAACUUACUAUAAACUUAUUGGAUUUAGUUUAUUUGCAGAGGGAGAAAUUGUAUUCUCACUUGCAAUGUUUAAUCCAAGGACAUAUUGCAAGAACUCAACAAGAAAAAAGGAAUCUUAUGUCAUUAGAAUCAAAUGUAUUAUUUCUGGGUGCUUCUAUUGUUCUCUGUGGAACAUUCUUCUUAUGUGUAGAUAGUGAGACAGCAAAAGUUAUUGCAUUAAAAUUAUCACAAUUAGUAGAUAUAAAAAUUCAUGAUAUUUGGGAUAUGGCCAACAUACUUCUUAUAAUGGCAAUUCAAGAAUGA